CCAGAAACUCCGGACGGAGAAGUUUUGGCUCAUACUUCCAUUCAAGUCCCGUCGUCACCAUUACAGGGACUAGAAGCCAUGUAUCCUUUGUUUGACGGGUGCUUAUCAAUAGCUACAUGAGGUAAGCAUGAGGCUCGGGCAAAGUAUAUUUCGCUGCGUUUCGAGGUACGGCAUCCUUUCCAACAAACCACCACCAUGGCUGUCUCUCCAAGCUCAGCUGAAAGCGAACUUCUCGACGAUAUCAAUGAAAGUUGGUACUAUCAGGCAACGAAGAAGGCGCGAUGGAUGGAUUUGAUAGGAGAUUACGCAGGCGAUGAACCUUUCAUCAUUGAUGGAGAAUCCCUCUUACAAAGUGUCCUGGAUGAUCCUCUCCUCGCCAUUGGGCGUAAUGAUGAUACCAGCUUCCAGGCUUUACACGCUAUUUACAUCCUCGAGAAUACCCUGAAAAGUUUCGUCUCGCGAAAAGCUAAUGUUGAGGUUGUCUUUUGGCGCAAUAACAUUCACGCUACAACUAGACCAGGACAAACAUCUUUCGUACACUCUUCGCGACACUUGGCGCGGGAAAUUCUUCUCAAACAUUUACAGCAACUCUCUAGUAUCGUCCCAAUGCGUCAGUUCGAUGAUCUGCAAGACGAAUUUUGGAAGAAGUAUGAAGCCUCCAGAAAGCCUAUGUUUGUGCUCAUCAGCGACAACGUCCCCAACCGCGACGAUCCCGCUGAUAGUCUUCACCCUGGCUACAUCGCGUGUCAACGAAACUUCAUCUUUGAAAUCCUAUCCUUUGGCUUACCUGUAGCUUUAUUCAACGGAUUGGAGUUCAGAGACUCGAAGAUCUUGUCUUUCAUCAUUGAAAGGACGUCUGCUACCAGGGGUUCUAUCCCUCCUUGGCCCCCAGUCGCACCGAUAUACAACCGAAUGGAUCUGGUUAGCCAAAAAUAUGGCGUCUCGGAGAUAUUUCAGUGUUCUGGACCGUUGUCUUGUACACAUGAAGUACUUGAAAAGAUUUGUCAGCUAUUCCUCGCCGAUGAUUCAUUCUUUGGGUCCAUAAAUCCAUCUCAGAAACCUUUAAUGGAAGAACUUUUAGCUGCAUUUCUUCUUCACAUCUUCAGCCUUCCGGAGCUGCCUCUGAAGGCUCGAAUUCAAUCCCCCAUCGAAGUCCAAUCGGAUUUGCAGGACACUUUGCGACAGUCUUUCCUCCCCUGGCUUUUCUUUUUGGCCUCUUCCGUUCUCCAAAAGGCCACUGUUGGUCUGGAUAUCGAUCUCCACAUCUUUUUCGUACUCCUUCAGUAUCUCAGCCGUGGAACGCCUCUGGCUUCAGCUGUUCACGCUGAUAUCAUCGCGCAGGCGAAGAAUAUUUGGCCCGGUGAACAUUUCCCCGAUCACUUCUCGUGCCUAAAGGCUUUCACCUUUGAGCAGCCUGAUCCGCCAUCCCCAGUGCCGCUGCCCUUAUCGACGUUAAGUAAUGGGGCCGCUCUGCAGUCUUCCACCGUUCCAUCUUCUAUCGCAAGUACAACAAGUGACAGCGACGAGGAAGAUGACUGGGAGAACGAUUCAGAUCUAGAAGCAUGGGAUGCAUCUGACUCCGAAUCUAAAACGAGCCCUCCGGAGCCCAUUCUGAUAUCCACAUCCCAGACGCAAACUCAACUCCUACCGUUCUCCCACCCCGUCUUUGACAAAGCACUCCCUUCAAUUAAAAUCCCCACUGCCGGUGACGAUCGUCCACUUAAGUCGAGCGAAUUCCUCAACUUUUCGGUAUUGUUUUCGGAUACGCGUCACUGGCAUAAUAGCAAGAAGAUCAUCGCCCCUGGCGAGAAGGCUCCGGUCGUGAAUUGGCGUGUUCUCCGUUCCAACCAGCGGUACAUUGCCAAUUUGCAACGUCAAGCGGAAACAUUGACGGGAGCGUCGGGCAGAGGGCUUCAACAGAUUACUAUUACUGUCGAUUCUGCAGCAUCGAAGAAGCAUGAAAACGGUCCUAACCUGUCGAUUAAGACGACGAAGCCAGUCAAGCUCACAAAGAAGGAACAGCUGAAGAAGGAUAUCCAGGAAAAGAAAGAUGCCGAGAAGGAGAGCCAGACACGACAAUGGUUUCUUAACCAGCUGAACGCUAUAUCCGACAAGUCGACCCAGCAGAAGCUCGAACUACUAGAACAACUGACUCGUAGUCCCCGUAUGUCUGACCCUUGGCUCGCCGUCGAGCAUCUCAUGUACAAGGUGCAUCUUCUCCUCAAGAUGUGGAUUGAAGACCCCGAUCACGAAAAGGACUCUGUUCGAGAUCGUUAUACCGUAACAAUCAUGCGACUUGUGAAGGAUAUCUGUGACAAAUGUGCUACUACUACAGCGCGAGGGAAAGCCCUAUCUGCAGUCUUGAAGAGUUUUGGUUUCUCGACUUACAUUGAUGAGUUCGUUACGGUAGCAGAGCCGCCAACGCCUUGUCCGUUGGCCUUCGACUUUGUGAAGCUGGUUCGAUCAAAGGGAGACGUUCUUUAUUCCUGGAUGAAGAUAACCGAGCAUCCUAUUGUCUGGCAGCUCCGACUCUUUGGACCAUAUUUGGACCGUUCUAUGGAUGGCAGUUUCGAUAGACGUGUUAAUUUUGAUCCCGACGCUUGGCAAAAGAAGGCUCUUGAUUGCAUCGAUGAUCCCAACCAUUCUAUGCUUGUCGUUGCUCCGACUAGCGCCGGAAAGACGUUUAUCUCAUUCUACGCGAUGGAGAAGGUUUUGCGCGAGUCAAAUGAUGGUAUUCUGGUCUAUAUAGCUCCGACAAAGGCCCUUGUCACUCAGAUUGCUGCCGAGGUUUAUGCUCGUUUCAGCAAAAAGGUUCCCAAUGGGAGUUUAUGGGCGGUCCAUACACGAGACUACCGUAUCAAUGAACCGCACAACUGCCAGAUUCUUAUCACCGUGCCAGAAAUGCUUUCGAUUAUGCUGUUAUCACCUCCACUUGCCUCCAAAUGGACACCUCGAAUUAAAAGAAUUAUUCUUGAUGAAAUUCAUUCCAUCGGCCAGCAGGAAGGAGGCUCUGUUUGGGAGCAAAUCAUCCUUUUAGCGCCAUGUCCAAUCAUUGGAUUGUCGGCAACCGUUGGAGAACCGGAAACUUUCAACGACUGGCUGGCAUCAGUAGCACGGGCGCAUGGAUACAAGCAUACAUUCAUUCAGCAUAAACACCGCUAUUCUCAUCUUCGAAAAUUCUUCUAUCGUCUGGAUGGGUUGAAGAGCCUACGACCAUUUCAAGGACAUGAGUCGUAUCAGCCGACGUCUAGGAUGAGAUUCCUCCAUCCACUGUCAACAUUGGCCUUUGGUCCGCGGGCUCUUCCAGAGGAUUUAUCGCUAGAGCCCUCCGAUACGCUGUCGCUCUAUGGCGCAAUGAGCCAACGCAAGGACCUAUCCAUUAACUUAGUCAGGCUCGACCCUACUCAAUUCUUUUCCCCUGUCAAAGGAUUGUUGAAGCAGAAGGACAUCCUGCGUUAUGAAACUGAUCUCAAGAAUGUGCUUAUGGAUCUGCCACCGUCAUCUCGGCAUGAAGUUAUCUAUGAUCUUGCUGACAAAGACAUCCCGCAAGGCCGAAAUGAUAAGGAACCCAGCCUCCAGAACUUUGUGAGAGGACUUUUACCGCUCGUGGCUGAUCUUCAUGCUCGCGGCGAACUGCCUGCCAUUCUAUUCAACUUCGACCGAGCGGUUUGCGAGGAUGUUGCCGAAUUGCUUCUUAAAGGGCUUUUGAAAGCAGAGUUGGCUUGGAAAUCAAGUAGCCCAGAGUGGCAGAGGAAAUGUCAACAAUGGCAGAAGUGGCAGGAUAGUUCCAAGGCUCGCAUCCGUGAAGAGAAUAGGGCCAAAAAAUCGAAACGCAAACCUGAUCCUGAUGAUAUCGAACCUUUGGCCGCAACAGAAGCCCUAGCAUGGGAAAGCACUUUUAACCCCAACGCACCGCUGGGUAAUUUCUCAUUUGCGGGUUAUUAUUCUGCCGAAGAUUUGAACGAUGCGAUCCAUGGUGUCUGGUCAGAGUACUGGAAAUCCAAGCCUGUACUAUUGGCUGCACUUCGACGGGGGAUAGCAGUUCACCACGCCGGCCUAAAUAAAGGCUAUCGAAGCUUAGUUGAGAACCUAUUCCGGCGAGGAUACAUCCGAGUAAUGAUCUCAACCGGGACGCUUGCCCUUGGUAUCAAUGCACCUACUAGGACUUCUGUGUUCUGUGGCGACUCACCUUUUCUUACGGCGCUCAUGUAUCGUCAAUGUGCAGGUCGUGCAGGUCGCCGUGGAUACGACCUAUUGGGAAACGUCGUCUUUUAUGGGCUGACUCUCGAUCGAGUGCAACGUCUUGUACUAUCUAAACUCCCCUCUCUAGGAGGAACAUUCCCGUUAACUCCGACACUGACAUUACGGCUAUUCAACCUCCUGGAUGGCUCAAACAAUGCAAAAGUGGCUGUAAAUGCCAUCGAGAGCUUGAUGAAACUACCGCAGGUCAGCUUUGGAUCACAGACUGGACAAAACCAGCUACUUCAUCAUCUACGCUUCAAUAUUGAAUAUCUUCGUCGGACACAUCUUCUGGACAAGGAUGGAAAACCUAUCAAUCUCUAUGCUGUCUCGGCGCAUCUCUAUUACACCGAACCCAGCAAUUUUGCGUUGCCGAUCCUUCUUCGUGGAGGAAUACUUCAUCGAAUAUGCGCAGGACCGUCACCAAAGUACAACUUUAUUCUCCUCAUGUGCCACCUUUUCGGUCGUCGGUACCUGGCCAGCGCAGCCGCGAAUACUCAGUAUGUAAAGAAGCUCCAAGAUCUCGUGGUCCGCUUCCCUUCUAUGAUCAUUCUCCCCCCUCUUCGUGACGACGCGCGCAAAGUUCUCGAGGAACACGAUAAAGAAAUCCUUGGGAUCUUCACAGAGUACACCAAAGCCUAUACGUCUCAGUAUUGUUCGGAACUUGGCCCAGACGACAUGCUUCCUCUCAGUGGGAUAAAAUAUACGGGCACCCCCUCCACUGACGGCUUCCGUGCACACCUAGAAAAUCACACCCGACCGGUCUCUGUGCGAUCCAGCUUCGUGGCCACGUCAGGGCAUUUCGAUGAAUUUCGCUCGGUCGAAGAGCUGGUGCGGUCUGCUCGCUCUGGACUUCAUCUCAAUGAGCAUGCCAUCCCGUCAAUGUCCCGAUUCACAGCCGUACAGGGCAACACUCUCGGUUCUGAGCAUGCUCUCAACGCGUAUCUACUCGAUUUUUAUACGCAUGGCCAAGUUUCUGCGCUAGACAGAGCUAACGGUAUUCGGCGAGGCGAUGUAUGGUACCUCUUACAGGAUUUCGUGCUUACUUUGAUGGUGAUCAAAUCAUCUUUGGAGCGGCUCCUGAAAGACGCGUCAAUUGAAUCUGGAAAAGCUACGGCUCCAUCUGAAGAUGUGGAAUCAUCGGACGAUGAUUUCAUGGCCGAUCCAGCAGAGGCAGACGAGCUUUCAAGUGAUGAUGGGGAUGUGGAAGGCUUCAAAAGACCACCUGGAACGAGCGCUGAGGACUGGCGUAUGUAUGAGGUCGUAAGGGAUGCUACAGGAGAAUUUAAUGAAAAGUUUAGGAGCAUGUGGGCUUGAUGUGCGUCGAUGGAAUGUGUAUAGACAUAGUAUAUUACCUAAAUCACGAACUCUGCGCCUGAUAUGUGUACUUGCAUGCACAGUGAAAACACUUUGACUCAGUAAUUUCACCGGUGCAUUAACCGACUUCUAGAAUUUCUCUAGGCUACUAUACUCUAUGCCGAAAUUGCCAAGAGUAUGC